UUCUAAUAAACAAACUGCAAAAAAGGUAUAACAAUGCCUGGUCGUAUGAAUAACUCAAGGGAAACUUACAGCUCAAGGGAAAUAUAUAACCCGAGGGAAUCCUACAGCUCAAGGGAAACUUAUACCCCAAGAGAAACUUAUGACUACCAGAGUCGCAAGCCUUCCAAUGACAACUGCUUCAUCUGUGACAAGUCAGGUCACUGGGCUCGUGAAUGUCCCGAAUCGGAUGAGCAGCAGAGAGAAUAUGCUCCGAGGACCCGUGGAGGAUUCCGGGGAAGAGGGAGAGGACGGGGCAGGGGUCGUGGAAGUUAUGGGGGUUACGGGGGUUAUGGAGGUUAUGGAACACGACAGCGUGAUGCUGAUGUUUGCUACAAAUGUGGAACCCCUGGUCACUUUGCAAGAGAAUGCCCAAAUGACGCAGCUGAUGGAAUACAAAGAAAUGAAGACAGAAGGCCAAUGGGUCGUCGCAACAACGAUUACUGCUUUCGCUGUGGUCAACCUGGCCACAUGGCCCGUGACUGCUUGUCUGCUGAGAAUGGUAGGUCAAGAACAGGGGCAACGAAUAUUAACACAUGCUACAAUUGCUACAAAGAAGGCCAUCUUGCACGUGACUGUCCAGAGGACAAUGCGUGCUACAAAUGCGGUAAAGCGGGUCAUCUUGCACGCAAGUGUCCCGAAGAUGCAGACAGAAAUGGUGAUGCACGCUUAAACCGUAGAGAGGCAGGAACAAAGCAAUGCUACCUUUGUCAAAAUGUCGGACAUAUCCAGGCAAAUUGCCCAGAGGCUACUUGCUAUCGUUGCCACGGUGAAGGCCAUAUUGCACGUGAUUGCCCGAACGGCAAUGAAGAAUGUUACAACUGUCGAAGACCUGGUCACAAGGCUCGUGACUGUGACGAGCCACGUCCUGGAGAACUAAGCAACGAGGAUGAUGGAAAUGAGGAAGAGAAGGAGCUGAAUGAUGCUUAGGUGUCACUCGCACCUGCAACUCCGGACAUCCCUAAAAUUAACGUAAUUUUUGAGAAGUAGAUACUUUUAAGUGAGCCUGACAACUACGCGUUUGUGAGUGUGGACUAAUGUCAUCAUUGUAGCUGUCAUGGGAAUCAAAGAUGCAGCAAAACCUCUAUGGUUCGGUGGAUUGGAUAUAAAGAGUCGUCCAAGUUGUUUUUGGUGAACGUGGAUCUGUUUUGCUGGACAAUCUUAUUGUUUACUUCGGUUAAUUUUAAAUUCUUCAAUCAUUUUUAGUCUAUACAAAUUAAAUGACGACCCCUUUUACCCAAAAUUGUACAAAUUAAAUUAAAAUAUGUGAAGUUGAAAAAAGCAACUGUUUCUACUCCCAGACUACUUUUAGUUGACCUGAAAUGAUGUUUUAAAUAAUCUAGGUUUGAAUGUUUUAUAAUUAUGUGCGGGUUCCAUGCGUUUUACUUCCACAUUAAUUUUCAACUAUUUGUUAAACCCUAAAUCCCUCAUUUGUAUAAAAAUGCUGGUUCAGGCAACUAAGAAAUGGGGUUAGUUGCUGUGUGCUUUCUAAACGCCGCCGAAAUAGAGCAAAUGAUAAUGUCCUUGCAUUGCAUGAUAAAAAAUUUCCAAAACUUGUACCAAAAAGGGCAUGUACUUAUUUGAUUCCAUACCAAACCUGUUGUUUACAGUUCACGAUUUGUAUCUUUUUCUUAACAUGUUUACUAUUUGUUAAAACUUUCGCACCCAUCUCGGUUAAAAGUGUUUGGAUACAAUAAACCAACUUGUGACAAAGA